GACUGCGGACACAGUACAGGGAUGACCAGACACUGCGGACACAGUACAGGAGAUGACCAGAGACUGUGGACAUGGUACAGGAGAUGACCAGAGACUGCGGACAUAGUACAGGGGAUGACCAGAGACUGCAGACACAGUACAGGGAUGACCAGAGACUGCAGACACAGUACAGGGAUGACCAGAGACUGCAGACACAGUACAGGGAUGACCAGAGACUGCGGACACAGUACAGGGAUGACCAGAGACUGCGGACCCAGUACAGGGAUGACCAGAGACUGCAGACACAGUACAGGAGAUGACCAGAGACUGCGGACACAGUACAGGAGAUGACCAGAG